UUCCCUGAAAGAAAAAAAAAUGAAAUGAAGCCGAAGGAGGAGUGGGGUGAGGAAUCCACGGAGAAGGAAGGAGAGGGGGAGAAGAGGGAGGCGGCGCGGUGGGUGCCACUGCCACCGUCGUCGCCGUUGCUAGCCGAGGGGAAGGGAGAUCUGGGUGAGCACGAAGAGAAAGAGAGAGAGAGAGAUAAAGAGCGAGAGACGAGCUCGCGAGGGAGAGGAAGUAGUGCUGCUGCCACUGGAGGGGAGCCCUCCAGCCCUCGUCACUGCCAGCUCCGCCGCCGUCGUCACCAUUGGAUCUGCGUGAAACCAUCGUUGCCGUCGUCACCAUCGGAUCUGCGUGAAACCGUCGUCGCCGUCGUCACCAUCGAUGCUUCUCCUCGUGGUUUGUGGGUUGUCACUUCUCCUGCUUCUGCUGUCACGCCAUCGUCUGCCCCUCUGGACGUCGCUGCUUUUGAAUCGCGACCUGUCACUAGUUCUCUGCCUCCUUGUUGUGGCCCAACCUCUAAUUAGAGGUACAAAAAUUGAUGCUAACAUGCUAGACUUUGUAUUGACUGAAAUUUGCUAGAAGAGUCAACAAUUAUAAAUCCGAUAUGAUACAAUUUUAUGU